AAGAACCAAUCCAAUACUUUCAACUACCAACUUCCACAUUUUGGUCACUUUCUCCAUGCAAAUUCUCAUUCCUUGUGCACAACAAUUGCCAUUCACCAAUGGCAAUAGUCUCCACUGAGUUAUUGUCCCAUAGCUUCCACACUACCUCCCAACUCAAACCCACUUCCCAUUCCCACCACCCCACUAGUUUCAGUUGCAGACCUUCUUCUUCUUCAAUCUCAAAUGGCAGAAACAACACCUCCAGAAACCUAACAAGGGUGUCUGUCUCUGCUGAACCAAAGCCAACACACUUGCAAAACCAUGAUUACAAAGAGACCCACUUGAUCAAAGUCCUCAACAGGUCUUGCAAAGCAGGCCAGUACAAUGAAGCCUUCUACUUUCUUGAGCUCAUGGUCAACAAGGGCUACAAGCCUGAUGUGAUUCUCUGCACCAAGCUCAUCAAAGGCUUCUUCAACUCGAGAAACAUCCAAAAGGCCAUUCGGGUUAUGCAAAUAUUGGAACAGUAUGGGGAGCCUGAUUUGUUUUCAUACAAUGCUUUGAUCAGUGGGUUCUGUAAGGCCAAUAGGAUUGAAUCGGCAAACAAAGUUCUUGAUAGAAUGAAGAGUCAGGGCUUCAAGCCUGAUGUUGUUACGUAUAAUAUAAUGAUUGGGAGUCUCUGUAGUAGAGGGAAGCUUGGGUUAGCUAGGAAGGUCAUGGAUCGUUUAGUGAAAGACAAUUGCAAGCCUACUGUGAUUACAUAUACAAUAUUGAUAGAAGCUACUAUUCUUGAUGGUGGGAUUGAUGAAGCUAUGAAGCUUUUGGAUGAGAUGUUGUCAAGAGGGCUUAGACCUGAUAUGUAUACUUACAAUGCCAUUGUUAGGGGAAUGUGCAGGGAAGGAAUGCUGGAUAGAGCUUUCGAGUUUGUUAGGAGCUUCGAUGCUAAAGGCUAUGCGCCGAAUGUGAUCUCAUACAACAUAUUGUUGCGUGCGCUUUUGAACCGUGGGAAGUGGGAGGAAGGAGAGAAUCUAGUGAGCAAUAUGUGUGCAAGAGGUUGCGAGCCUAAUGUGGUGACUUAUAGCAUCUUGAUUAGCACGCUGUGCCGCGAUGGGAAAGUUGAGGAUGCAGUGAAUGUGUUGAAGAUUAUGAAGGAAAAGGGGUUAACUCCAGAUGCUUAUAGUUAUGAUCCAUUGAUUUCUACUUUCUGCAAAGAAGGGAGGUUAGAUUUAGCAAUAGAGUUUUUGGAUUGUAUGAUAUCUGAUGGUUGCUUGCCAGAUAUUGUGAACUACAAUACAAUCUUGGCUGCUUUGUGCAAGAAUGGGAGUGCUGAUCAGGCUUUGGAAAUCUUCGAGAACUUGGGUGAAGUCGGUUGUCCUCCAAAUGUGAGUUCCUACAACACAAUGUUCAGUGCAUUGUGGAAUUGUGGAGAUAGAGUAAGAGCUUUGGGAAUGGUAUCAGACAUGGUAAGCAAAGGAAUUGAGCCUGAUGAGAUCACAUACAAUUCACUUAUAUCGUGUCUGUGCAGAGAUGGGAUGGUAAAUGAGGCAAUUGGGUUGUUGGUAGAUAUGGAAACUGGUGGUUUUCAGCCUACAGUUAUCACUUACAAUAUUGUUCUUCUUGGGUUGAGCAAGACUCGGAGGAUUAUCGAUGCCAUUGAAGUGUUCACAGCAAUGGUUGAAAAGGGUUGCCGGCCUAACGAAACUACUUACAUUUUGCUGAUUGAAGGAAUUGGAUUUGCAGGAUGGCGAGCUGAAGCUAUGGAGCUUGCAAAAUCUGUUUAUAGUUUAAGGGCUAUUUCCGAAGAUUCUUUCAAACGCUUGAACAGGACCUUUCCCAUGCUUGAUGUUUACAAAGAGCUUACUCUGUCUGAGAUUAAGAACUAGAGUUUGUUGGCAAAGCUUCAAUGCAUUUCAAAUCUUUUUGCAGAGUUUCAGAGAUGGACUGCAACUUACAUAUCCGGCUUGGAGAAGAAUUUUGGUGGCUGUAAAUCAUGACCAAAUUGCCUUGUAGGGGUUUGGCAAUACCCAGAGAGAACAUUGCAAACUUUGUUUUUCAAGUUCUGUAUUUACUGAUAUGAACAUUUGCAUAUCCAUUCUUAACAUCGACUAGAAUAUGUUCUGUCCUUUCG